AUGUUCCCGAGCUGCUUCCACACAAUACCAUCUGAGUGGAGAGUGUCGGGCCUAUUCAUGGCCAAUUUCGAUAUACCCUUAUCUGAUCAUAAAAACGACCUCAUUCGAAACAAAGUGAUUCGUGACUCGGGAAUUCUGACAGCCCGCGAGCUAGAUAUUACCGAAAGAUAUACGGUCUCUGGCCUGAUCUCUGCUUUGGCUACUGGUAGCUUGACCGCGGUUGAGGUGACUUUGGCCUAUUGCAAACGUGCUGCCGUUGCCCAACAGUUGGUCUCUUGCCUCGCCGAGACUAUGUUUGAGGAGGCUCAGGAGCGAGCUCAAUAUCUGGAUGAUCUUCGAGCUCAAGGGAAACUAGCAGGUCCACUCCACGGCCUUCCCAUCAGUAUCAAGGAUAACUUUCACUUCAAGGGACGAGAUGCGAGUAUUGGGAUGGUCUCCUUUCUGGAUGAUGUGUCUGCCGAAAACUCAGCCCUUGUGAAUAUUCUUCUGGAUCUCGGGGCUGUCCUCUACGUGAAGACAAACGUGCCACAGACAAUGAUGACAGCCGAUUCUCACAACAACGUUUUCGGGCGCACUCUGAACCCCUGGAAUACCACGCUGGGACCUGGUGGCUCGAGUGGUGGAGAAGGCGCUCUGAUCGCUCUUCGUGGAUCGCCUCUUGGACUGGGGACAGAUAUUGGUGGGUCCGUCCGAAUUCCCGCUCACUGCUGUGGGACAUACGGUUUCAGGCCCAGCGCUUCCAGAGUCCCCAAUGGUGGAAUGCGCGUUUGCACAACACCGGGCAUGAAGUUUGUUCUAUCCUGCAUCGGUCCGCUUUCAUUGGAUCUGAAUGGGAUUGAAAUACUUUUCCAGUCGCUUUUCAACGCUCGCCCUGCCAACUACGAUUCCAGUGUCCACGAUGUUCCGUGGAGACAGGUCAAUCCUAAACCAGUUCUCAAGAUUGGUGUUGUUCCCGAAUCAUCAAUAUUUCCUCUCCAUCCACCUAUCAAGAGAGUGCUGGCCGAAGCAGUCGAUUUGCUGGAAUCCCAAGGCCACCAAAUAGUCCAUCUAGAUGAAAAGGAUUGCCGAGUUGUAGAGGCAAACGAGAUUGCGUGGGGCAUAUUCAAUCUCGAUCAGAAUGCCAGGAAGCUCAUCGCAUCAGCCGGUGAGCCUGUUGUCCCGGCUAUUGGCCACAUUGUGAAGACAUUUGAGAGACUUGGCAAAAUUAUGAAGCCAUCCCUACCCGAUAUGAGCACCCUUGAUCGAAUGGAGAAGCUAGCUUUACUCAACGUACGACGAGCGGAGCUGCGCGAGGCUUAUCGCAAGCUGUGGGUACAGCAUGAUCUUGAUAUAUGCAUUGCGCCUCCGGCUCAGAAUACUGCCGUACCGCACGAUAUGUUUGGCAUCGCUCCUUACACCACUUUCUUGAACUGCUUGGAUGUAGGUCUUUCCGUUCUAUCAUAUUGA